CCUCUCAAGCAUAAUGAACCGGUCUUCGGUGUGUUUCCUUUAAAAUUAUUGAUCAGCUGUAACUCUUGCCUCGAUGUAGCCUUAAUAUCCUCCCAAAACAAGUUCGACGGUCCUAAAUAUACGAGGACAUAGACUCAAGACUUCAAGCAUGAUUCAACGGAACACGAGGUAGACAGCUCCACCUGCUGCAUCAGACUCCAGGGUAGACUGUGACCACGCCUUUCCAGACCACACAGUGGCCAUGGCCAAGUGUGAGCCCCAGGCGAGCCCAGACGGAGGGUGGGGCUGGGUGGUGGUGGGGGCGCUGUUCGUGGCCUCGGCGCUGGUGUUCGGGCUGAUCCGGAGCCUGGGGGUCUUCUUCGUGGAGUUUGUGCAGUACUUCGGGGAGAGCGCACAGGCCGUGUCCUGGAUAACCUCCAUCGGCGUGGCCAUGCAGCAGCUGAUCAGUCCAGUGGGUACAGCUCUAUGUAAUGCAUAUGGGGCGCGGCCAGUGGUGAUGAUGGGCGGCUUUCUGUCCGGCCUUGGCCUCAUCCUGGCCUCCCAGGCCACCUCCCUGAUACACCUUUACCUCACCAUGGGCCUCAUCACAGGCUCAGGCUGGGCCCUGGUCUUCACCCCCACCGUGGCCUCUGUCAUGCAGUACUUCACUCGCCGCCGCUCGCUUGCCAUGGCCCUGGGAUUCACGGGCGUGGGGCUGUCCUCCUUCGCCUUCUCGCCCCUCUUCCAGCUGCUGGUGGAGCUGUACGCCUGGCGGGGCGCACUGCUCAUCCUGGGGGGCCUCAGCCUCAACAUGGUGGCCUGCGGGGCCCUCAUUCGGCCCCUGGAAGCCCCCAAAACCAUGGAGCAGGUUGAGAGUGACAGCGGGCGGAAGGCCUCCUGCCGCUCCUUCCUCAGACGUGCGCUGGUCUACCUCGAGCUGUCACUGCUGUGCAAGCGCGCCUUCCUCACCUACGGCCUGGCCAUCACCUUCUUCAACUCGGGCUACUUCGUGCCUUACGUCCACCUGGUGGCCCACAGCCGCCACGCGGGCUUCUCCGAGUACCAGGCGGCCUUCGUCAUCUCGGCCACCGGCGUGACGGACCUGGUGGGCCGCGUGGUGUCGGGCUGGCUGUCGGACCUGGGCCGGCUGCGGCUGCCGCACAUGCUGACGGUGUGGACGGGCCUGACGGGCGCCUUCAUGGUGCUGCUGCCGCUGGGCUCUGCGCAGGGCUCCUACGCCGGCCUGCUGCUCAUCAGCCUGGUCUACGGCUUCUGCGCCGGCGCCAUGACGCCGCUGGUCUUCUCCGUGGUGCCGGAGAUCGUGGGCAUGCCGCGCAUGCUGGGCGCCCUGGGGCUGCUGCAGCUCAUCGAGAGCCUGGGCGGCCUGCUGGGGGCACCGCUGUCAGGCUGGCUGAGGGACCAGACCGGCAGCUACACGGCCUCCUUCCUGGUGGCGGGCGGGUUCAUCCUGAUGGGCACCGUGGUGAUAAUGACCCUGCCUCACUUCUGCUCCUGCAGCCCGCCUCCAUCCCCACAACACCAGAAGCAGAGCCAGAGUCCCGAAUCCGGGCUGCUGAACAACUCCGCCCCCUCCCCUCCCCCCACCCCCUCUGACAAGCACCACAAACCAGGACUUGGGCCCCCCUCUGAGCCCAUCCACAGUGACUGUCAGAACUGCCAGCCAGAGGGGCAGACUCCCCGCCUGACCACGCCCACACCUGAGGUUGACACGAACUGCUGAUUGGUGGUGUUGUUAUCAUCUGUAUGGCAUCUGAUAGGCUGUUCAGGUUGCUGCUUAAUGGGUGUCCAGUGGCUGGGCAGCAAUGGUGUGAGCUUGGUGCGUCUCUAAGGAGACAGAUGGUGAAUGGAACGUGAAUGAUUGACACCAGGUGUGUUGACAACCCUGGCUAUCCUAGCCGGCCCCAGACUGCACCGCAGAACAGCUGUGCGGUGUAAAACUAAAUCAGGUAGUGUUUGGUGGUGUUAGGUGGAAAAAACAAAACAGAAUCAUGCUCUUUGGUUCACAGGGUCACCACCACAGAGGCAUACAAGCUCAUUUAACACAUUUUAUUUUACCUUUCACCAAAAAACAUGUAACAUUUUAGAAGUAGAGGGAUAUCAAAAAAACAGAUGAACUGUGGGAAUUCAGAGAGAGAGAGAAGUGACUACACUAAUGAAACAUCAGCCCUCCAAUUCACCUAUUAUACCAUACCGUGCAAUGCACAGCACAAUACCACUAUCUAUGAAAGACUUCCGGCUUUUACAAGAACGACAGUGUGUAAAGAUGUCGCAUUUAUCAGCAUGCAGUCACCUUAGGCUUAACAACCAAUUGGCUGAUCCACAAUUAUAAGACUUUUGGUUUAUGUAGAUGCUGUACCACAGAUUCCCAAACAUGGACAAGAUAGCUGGCAUGGCAUACUGAAAUUUCUGUGUCUGCUAUUGUUGAAGCAACAAGUGUUCUGAUUCGUGAGCUCAAUUUGAAUAUUUAUGAAGGGUUGUGGUCUAAAAGAACACAUCCAUAGUAAGCAUAGCAGUUCAGACAGCCCCAGAACCCUCCUGUUACUAGUCAGAAGCUCUUCGAAGGAGGAUGGAUGGAGAGCAAGAGCUGAAUAUCUGGUCAUAGUGGAAUAUCUGUGGCUGCACUGUCACCAUUUUUCUUUGUUUUGCCACCACUUCCUCAGCCACGAAGGCCGAUGGGGUGCUGUCGUCAUCGUGUCUGUGCGCGUUGGCGUGAUGACUGUUGAAAUGCAGUGAGCGGUUCCAGCUGGCACCACAGAGUUUGCACAAAGAGCUCUUAAUGAGUUCGCUUCUGGGUGAUCUUGACCUGCAACUCAGCCCGAGCCGACCGGCUCCUUUGAGCACCAAAUGGCAGGCAGGUGUCAUUUAUGAUCUUUCCAACCGUUGGACCAAAUAAACACUGCAUUGAUGUUCACCGACGGAGUGCUGCACCAGACGCCCGUGUAAUCCUUGCCCCGAGCUCAGAACCAUGGCAACCGUGCAGUGGCAUAUUCUGCUGUCAAAUUUCAUUACACUAAACAUUGACAUUAUUGUAUUGAAAUACUACAUAUUACACCUAUAAGCACCAUACAGCUACAGACAAAUAGCAGCGACUAGGACGGGGUCUGGAUCUAUUUGUCAGUGGUGACCCUAAAGCCAUAAAUAAUACACCCCCCAAGACCACUUGUGGUCAGUGGGGGGGUGCGGUCCAUGGAAUCCUCUUGUUCGGGCCUACGUGGCCGUGACUGGCAGUGAGAGGGUUACUGCACGUUCCGAGAACCGAGUGCCUUAAUUCACACAUCACAGCACAGCUCAGCCGUGUCCCAAGGGAGCUGAGAGCACCGUCAUGGUAUCACUUUGUUCUGCCGGUGCUCGGGUACCUUCAUGUAAUUCCUGUCAUGUUAUUUGUACCAAAAGCCCUGCAGUACUGGGAUGUUUUUAAAGCCAUAUUCUGCUAAUAUGUCUAGAUGAAGUUUUAGCUCGCUGCUACUGCCUCAGUGUCCCUUAGCUGCCCCCUCCUCCAUAUUUUAACUGCCAACUUGGUGUACAAAGUGCAAAGUGCACAGACUAGCUAGCAAAUGUUUUGCAUUCCCAAUCCUAGCAAAAGCGACUACAUUUGGCCCAUGCGUUUGGUGUGUGCACUGGCCAGGUCCUCAUUGGAUAAUAUAGGCUGUCACUGUCAUUUCUGUUAGAAGCAUUGUAGUUUAGUUUGAAAGUAUGUGCCAAAGACAAUGUAACAUCAGCUGGUCUGCAAAGGAUGCACUUGCCCAUGCAUAUGACCGACACAGGCAGUCAGACUCUCACUUGAUGUCCAAACCGUUUUAACAUCAAUUUGUUUUCUAAAGCCACAUGCUAGUAACUCCCAUAGGUUGCUAGCAUUAAAUAUAAUAAUAAAUGCUUUAAGCCCGGCAUCUCACCAUUAAUAUCAGUCUUGGAUUAGUUAGCAUUAAAUCUGUGAAUUCUGGCUGUUGCUGUUCACGGUUGCAGAUUGGCAAACAGUGAAAGCAGUUGGUCAUUUUUGCUCAAACGUGGAAUGCAUCCUGAAGCUGAAAGAGGCCUCCGGUGAAAGAUGAUAUCAGUGGGAAAUAUCUGCUUUGAAAGGAAACAUUGAGUUCUGCUGCAGUGUUGUCAGUUUAACAGAAUUUUGAAGUAAAAUUGUAUAAUGACAGAACUCAAUGUACUGCCUACACAACAGGGUUCAUGUUGCUUUGGGGAAUGUUCUCUAUAUUACUACAUUUUUCUUCGCAGACACACCUAUCCAGACCAAUGUACGUUGUUAUAAGUCUUAUAUGCUAUCCAUUUACCCUCUUGGUGUACUGAGGGAAAUAUGGUUAAGCACCUCACCAAAGGGCACCACAGCAGUGGCCCUGUUGGGUGACCUUUGGGUUAUGGGUCCUGCUCUGUACCACUGUGCCAUACUGCUGCCCCAAAUCCCAGACACCUCCUCAGCACCGACACAGGUGCCCCCAGGAGCGGUCUCAGUACAGAUUCAGCAAAAAGAUAUGUCAGCAAAGUGCUACAGCUGCGGGUUUUUCCAGGUGCCACGUUUCCAAAAUGAAAGGAUGAAGAAUUUUAGGGGCAGCAGGACAUAAGUGUUUUGUGGGACAGGGCUGGUGACUCGAAGUUUGCAGUGUUCAGGUCACGGGGGAUAGGGGGGAUGUGGGAGGGCAUUGCUUACCUUGCAUGCCAAUCCAGACCAGGAUCCCAAGUCAAUUGGUGUAUUUCCAAGUGUUUAAUUAGUAUUUGAUACUUUAAAGGCAGGCUGUUUAAUCCACUGGGGGUAAGAGAGUCUGCAGGGAAAAGCAAGCUGUUCUAAAGAACUGUUCCUCUGAACCCCAUAGCAGGUGCCCUUUUCCCACUCUGAGCUCCUGGCUUCCCACGUACUUUGUGUGCCCAGUAGUGUGAAAUGGAGCAUAAAGUGAAAUUAGGGAUUACCCUACAUUCUCCAGUACAUCCCCUUAUUUGCAGUGUUUCCUGCCAACUAGUGCAUAUUGAGCAAUGAGGGAGCUCUGUCCACUCCUUUGACAUUACCCGGGCAAGGUGCCCCUGGUGGAAUUAUCAACGCCCAAAGUCAUAAAGUUGUUCCAUUACAUUGUAAAUGCUGUCUGUGGAAAGUGUGACUGAGAUAGAAGGUGCUUUGAAAGUGAGCUGUGGGGAGUGGGGGAAUGAGUACUGUUGGCCCCCACCCUCUGACUCACACUCUGAAGGCCUGAUGUGCUGAUCUCAGUGGCCCACGGAUGGGUUGAAUCCAGGGUCAAAGGUCAGGUCCCCGUGGCGCACAGUCUCCAGCCCCUGCACUCCCUCUGACCCCCCCC